AUGACCACUCUUGUUCAAUUCGUUCCAUUUUCGUCAGCAGUAGAAGCUCCAUUCUGGCAUACUCUCUCAACUCGUAAAAUCGAUUUAUACAAACUUGAUGACACACCUCAGAACAUUGUGGGAUACUAUUCUACUGGACACUCUAUAACAAACAGUAAAGAUCCCAAGGAAGUUAACGUAAUAUUGCCGUCGAGGCUGUGUCUUGGUACUGGAGCUUUUGAUUCGGAAGAAGUUUUCAAAAUCCUAACUCAAGAUAUUGGUAGUUUACCACCGUUUACUUAUCCUUCGGCUGGAACAAUAAAAAACACGAAUACCAUUGAAGAAUUCAAAAGUCUGGAUAAGAAUGCCUUGUUCAAAACAACCAUUGAGCAAAUUUGGAACGACAUUACAAAUGGGGAAGCGAUAAAGAAUCCCUCUCUUCUUACUCGAUUUCUACUUAUUACUUAUGCCGACCUGAAAAAAUAUAAAUAUCACUAUUGGUUUGCUUUUCCUGCCUUGCUUAUUGAUCCUGCUUGGGUUAUUGGUGAUAAUGGAAAAGUUUCUGGUAUUGAAGUUUGGAAUCAGGAUGAGAUUCAAAACUUUCGUGCAAAUUAUGAGAAAUUCAGGCAUUCUAAAGGUGAUCAUAACGCUGGCUUCUUUUUAAUUAGAGAAAGUACUUUGGAGGAUAAUAAAAGAGAGAUAGUUGUUGGGAGUUUGUCUGAAUGGGAAACAUUUUUUGAAGGAAUCGUAGGAUUUGCAGAUCCAUCUAGUUUACCUACGAAUCCCGGAUGGCCUCUUCGUAAUUUUUUAGUUCUUUUGCAUCGGCAAUGGCAUGUUAAAAAAAUAAAAGUACUUUGCUAUCGAGAAAUUAUAGGAAAAAAAGAUAUUUCCCAAAGUAUCUUUUUGACUGUCGAAUUGCCGACUGAACCGAAGAUUUCAGACGAAUGUCCAAAAGCCGUUGGUUGGGAAAAAAAUGCACAGGGCAAACUGGGUCCCCGAACAGCGGAUCUCGCACCACUCAUGAAUCCCGAAAGCUUAGCCGAUACCUCGGUUGAUCUCAAUCUAAAAUUAAUGCGAUGGCGGAUAGUGCCUUCUUUGGAUCUGGAAAAAAUAAGAGACACAAAAUGCCUUUUGUUGGGAGCUGGAACUUUGGGAUGCUAUGUUGCAAGAACCUUAUUGGGGUGGGGUGUUCGCAAUAUUACCUUUGUUGAUAAUGCACGCGUUUCUUUUUCUAACCCUGUGCGACAACCGUUAUUCUUCUUUGAAGAUUGUUUGGAAGGUGGUAAGCCAAAAGCUCAAACUGCUGCAGAGAAUUUAAAAAAAAUUUAUCCGGGAGUAAAUUCAGAAGGCUACGAUAUCAAUAUCCCGAUGCCUGGUCAUCCUAUCUCGACAUUAACCAAAGCGCAAGACGACGUCAAUAAAUUGACUGAAUUGAUUCAAUCACACGAUGUAAUUUUCUUAUUGACAGAUAGUCGAGAAAGUAGAUGGUUGCCCACUUUGGUGGGAGCAAGUAUGCAAAAGCAAGUCAUAAAUGUAGCAUUGGGUUUCGACACAUAUUUAGUAAUGCGGCAUGGUGUUAAAAAUAAUGAGGGUAACCAUACCAAUGAAGCUUCAAAUAGCUUGUCGGACGUAAAACAACUAGGCUGUUAUUUCUGUAAUGACGUGGUUGCACCAACAGAUUCUCUAAAAGAUCGUACACUUGAUCAACAAUGUACAGUAACAAGACCAGGGCUAGCGCCUAUUGCUGGUGCUUUGGCAGUUGAGUUGAUGGUAUCCGUUUUACACCAUGAGAAAGGCGCUGCAGCACCAGCUCACUCAAGUCUUCCAAUUUCCGAAUCCUUGUCAUCCGCCACCGAUUCACCACUUGGUAUCAUACCUCACCAGAUUCGCGGAUUUCUCACGCAUUUCAACAAUAUGCUUAUUGUUGGUCAAGCGUAUAAUAGGUGUACCGCUUGUUCCGACAUUGUAAUUAAUGAAUAUCAUGAACACGGGUUCGAAUUUUUGCAACGUGUGUUCAAUAGUUCGUCGAACAGUUAUUUGGAGGAACUAACGGGGUUGACGCAAUUACAUGCUGAUAGUGAGGUUGCUGGAGAUUUUGUUUGGGAUGAAGAUGAUGAUGAGAAUUUGAAACUUGAAUAA